CUACGCGGUUUCAGCCGAAGGCACAGGUCUCUAGUACUGUACAUCGGAACAUAAGGGGGCCUGUGCUUAUCAUUCUCAAGCAUGUAUGUACCUUCACGAUCGAAGCCUUAUGUUGCGGCAUGCGGCAAAUAUGGGCUGUCACACAAAGUAUCAUCCCACAUCAGGCCACCAGGAAUCAACUUAACCGCCUAUGAAGUUGCUCAUCGCCGCUUCGCACAUGCAAACUUGGAUCUGAUUUUCGCCACCGCAACUUCGUGGACGUCAACUUGAACAAACAAAAACAUACAACUCAGAACAGAAUGACAAGCCCAAGCUCCAAGACUACAUAUUUCCUGACCCCUGGCUGGGACUGUCCCCUGAAUUCCAUCCCGCUCGGCAGCGUCAUCACCAACCCAGCUGAACCCAAUCUCACCCUCUUUCGACCGUCCCCAGACGAUCUUGAUACCCCCAUCCAAGUCAAGGAAAUACCCCUGUUCUCCAGCACGGUUGGCAAUAACAACAACAACCUCGGGGACACGGGAACUCUCACCAACGGCGUUAGACCGGGCCAAGGGCUCUUCUACACCUUCCUCACCCUGUCCGGACUCGGGAUCGAAGACGAUAGCCUCACUUUCCACAUCGACCGGAGACUCGGCAGAAACCUGCUGGCUUACUCUUUCAGGGGGCUGCGCGUCUCAUGGUUCGAGCCCUCGGACGCGCUAAAGCGCAAGGCGGUACACACAGCUCUCCAGGAGGGUGCGAGUGCCUCCCCGGAACCGGUGUGCUGCUUGUACAUGGUCACAGGCAUCCGCACGAUUAGCGGCGCGGGCGUGACAGUGCCGUCUGCGAGGCGGCGCGGUUGCCGUGUUGAACUUGCUGUGGAGCUCGAGCCUGAUAUUGAUCCUGAUUGCCAGUCUGAUGGACGGCUUAGCCUUGGCGAAGGGGGAGGGGAAGGGGAAAGGGAAGGGUUGCCGGUGGUGUUUGCCUUUGAGCUGCGAGAGCUGAGAGUAUCCCCUCAAGGCGAGGUGACGUUGGGUGACGUUUUCCGCGACAAUUGUGAAUGUGAAGGCUCGCGUAAAGAGUCGUCGAUUGCUGAGUUGCAAGCCGGGUUGGAUCGUGAUUUUGGUGAAGGUGUGUUUGUGGCCAUUGAGGGCUUUGAUGAGCAGGAUGGCAAGCCGUGUAGGAUUGUGGCGCCCAGUCCGGCCUGCGUCGACUUGCUCACUGCUGGGUCAGCGAGGAUAGAUCGGCAUUCCGUGAUGCACACUACAGCGCUCUAGGGCAUAUGCUUGAUACAGUUGUAGGAAGAUACCUUAUUCUGUACCAGCUCGCAAACCGACUAUCUACCAGUCCUGUAGCUUGAGCAGCUCCUCU